AUGGAGCUGGUAGAACUUUCAGACGACGUGAUAUAUUGUAUUAUCCUUCUUGUAUCGAUACCAAUCGCUCAUGUUGUCAAACUGUGCAACAAUUCGUUUACCAAGAAGGCGAUAUGUACCGCAAUGGGAGUGUCGAUUGCCUGCAUCACGUGUCGAUGGCACAUUUUUCACUCAAUUGUGACCACCCUAAUCAGCUGCAUCUUGAUAAAAAUAAGUGGACCGCGGAAAUGCCACACUUAUUUAUUCUUUUGGGGAUUUGGGUACCUGCUGUUUUUCCGUACCUGUCACUACAUAGGAUUGCCACAAGCACCAGCACUGUCUAAUGCUGUACAGCUGCUUCUCACAUUAAGGAUGGUGGGAAUUGGUUUUGAAAUCCAUGACACUCACACCUCCUCAAAGAGAGAGGAUUGUUCAUCUGAGGAAAUGGCUUUGAAGAAAAAAUACCAGGAGGUGAAUCCAUCAUCUAUCGACAUAAUUCUGUAUGCAUACUGUUUCCUUGGGCAAUUUACAGGUCCUUAUUACAAGUACCGAACCUACAUAGACAUGAUAAAUAAUGACCGAUCUGCAGACAUUCCUACACUAGAUGCUUUUGUAUCACGAAUGAAAGCUGUCCCAUUCCUCAUUGUGAUUUUUGUUGGAUUCUCCUACUUUUUCAGUAUACACUAUGUUGAAUCAGGUGAAUUUUUCACCCGCUCAUUUCUGUUCCGACUGUUUUACAUGGUGCCAAUGUUUACCAUAUUCCGUGCCAGGAUGUACAUUGCAUGGUUGGUGUCUGAAUGCAUGUCCAUGGCUUCUACACUGGGUGCAUAUCCAGUGCAGUGUAAAGCUAGAUGUGGAAAAGGACCUACAGAUUUGGCAGCUUUAGAUGAAGCAAAUUCCAAAGAUGUGAAAGAGAUUAAGUAUGAUUUUGAAACAAUACACAAUCUAGAUAUCUAUGGUUGUGAUUUGGCACCAAGAGUAAGGGAUGGACUUCGGAGCUGGAACAUGACUGUGCAGUACUGGCUGGCCUCAUGCGUGCACCACAGGGUUCCUAAAAGUCUAGCACCUUUCAAAGUUGCAAUAACAAUGGCUGUCAGUGCAUUUUGGCAUGGUGUCCAUCCCGGAUACUACCUAAGCUUUGGACUUGUGCCCAUCUUUGUUGCUGCAGAAGACAGAAUGGUGCGUGUUUUCAGAAAGGAAGGAGAUGCUGGGAAAAUGUUUGAUUGGAUAAACUGGUUCUUAAAGAUGCGUGCAUUUGAUUACAUGUGUAUGGGUUUCCUCUUGCUUAGACUGGACUACACGUUAGCAUAUUGGCACUCUGUCUAUUUCAUCGGCCAUAUAAUGGGUGUUAUAUUUUUAGUCAUUGGUCGUCUUAAGCCUUUACCAAAGAGUGAAAAGAAAAAGGAAUAAGAAGUUCUGUAGAAUCCUUUGUUUGUGUGAGAAAAAUUCAUGUGAGCAAGAAUUUUGAUUAUUAGAAGUUGCUAAAACUAUUUUUUGUUUGUAUGUAAGCCUUUGGUAUCAAAAUUUACAAUAGAACUGGACAUUUUCCAUACCAAAUUAAAGUACUUAAUUAUGAUGGUCAGUUAAUUUAGAAUUACCACAUGUUAUCUCACAUGUUAUAGUCAGGCAGAGAGAUAAAAUAAUGUGUGGAUAGUUUGGAAAUCAUCGCUGAUAGAAGAGAGAUAUUAUAGUAAGAAAUAACCUAGCUCUUAUUUGAGAUAGAUUUAUUUAAAAACAUAAAUAGAAUAUAGUGUUUGAAGCAAGAUUAGAUUAAUUGCUAGCAUGCCAAGCAUUUCAGUAGUGAAAUUGCUAUGAUUUUUUUUGACGAUUGUCACUAUCAGUUGCUCAAAUCUAAACUGUGUCAGUUAAAAAAAUCCAAAAACAUUGAUUCCAUUGUUCAUACAUAAGUCAUAUUCAAUUUACUAU